AUGUCCACCAAUGAGAAUGCUAAUUCACCAGCUGCCUGCCUUAACAGAUUCAAAAACAAGGGGAAAGACAGUACAGAAAUGAGGCGGUGCCGAAUAGAAGUUAAUGUGGAGCUGAGGAAAGCUAAGAAGGAUGACCGGAUGCUGAAAAGGAGAAACGUAAGCUCGUUUCCUGAUGAGGCUACCUCUCCACUACAGGAAAACUGCAACAACCAGGGCACUGUAAAUUGGUCUGUUGAUGACAUUGUCAAAGGCAUAAAUAGCAACAAUUUGGAAAGCCAUCUUCAGGCUACUCAAGCUGCUAGUAAACUGCUUUCUAGGGAAAAACAGCCCCCCAUAGACAACAUAAUCCGGGCUGGUUUGAUUCCAAAAUUUGUGUCCUUCUUGCGCAGAACUGAUUGUAGUCCCAUUCAGUUUGAAUCUGCUUGGGCUCUCACUAACAUUGCUUCUGGGACGUCAGCACAGACCAAGACUGUGGUAGAUGGAGUUCCUGAUAUGUCAUCUUUAGCAUGUGGUUACUUACGUAACCUUACUUGGACACUUUCAAACCUUUGUCGCAACAAGAAUCCUGCACCCCCAUUAGAUGCUGUUGAGCAGAUUCUUCCUACCUUAGUUCGUCUCCUGCAUCAUGAUGAACCAGAGGUAUUGGCAGAUACCUCCUGGGCCAUUUCCUACCUUACUGACGGUCCAAAUGAACGGAUUGAAAUGGUUGUGAAAACAGGAGUUGUUCCCCAGCUUGUGAAGCUUCUAGGAGCUACUGAAUUGCCCAUUGUGACUCCUGUGCUAAGAGCCAUAGGAAAUAUUGUCAUUGGGACAGAUGAACAGACUCAGGUUGUAAUAGAUGCAGGAGCACUUGCUGUUUUUCCCAGCCUCCUAACAAACCCCAAAACUAAUAUUCAGAAGGAAGCUAUGUGGACAAUGUCAAACAUCACAGCUGGUCGCCAGGAUCAGAUACAGCAAGUUGUGCAUCAUGGUUUAGUCCCAUUCCUCAUUGGUGUUCUCUCUAAGGCAGACUUUAAGACAUAA